AACGAUGUGUCAAACGAGCAAUUUAUCAAGAUUGAUGUUGAUAAUAGCGAAUAAGUAUUGAAGUGUGUGUAUGUGAUUCUGAUCCUUGUCGUGUGGUUUGAAUCUUCACUUGAGCGCGACGUGUGACAGUCGCACACAGUCGAGCCGGCACCUCGUGUUGUUGGACGUUCAAUGCACUGGUGCAUGUCCGACAAUUUCGGGAUUACACAGUUCUGUAUAAUGCACACAUCGUUAAGCGUAUAAAUAAUGAGUCAGAAAAGACCGAUAUCAAUUUAUAAUAUACUACAAAUUUAGUGUUUAAUUAGUUUGUCAAAUAGUGUGGCUAGCAAUAUUAUUACAACUUAACCUCAAGUAAACAUGAUUUUAAAUUCAAUCGUGUUGCUUGCUAUCGGAUUUUUCGGUACAAUAACAUGCAAUAACGCGUACAAUGACUUCUUCGACGAGGAAUUGAUGUUAAAACCUCUGUCGACCAAUCAUGUUUACGCUCAUUUUCAAUUCACGACAAUAUGGAAAACGACGAAUCAUGCGGAAGUUUUUCAACACACGCAUCUCUUUCCAAGGGGAUUGGGUGAGAUUAUAGGCCGUCACAAUGUUGAUGAAUUGCAUAUCACUUUAACAGAAGGAUUGUGGAAUUAUCAGAAAUGGGGAUAUCCCUUUCACGAUGCCGGACCUGGUGCUGAAAUUAUCACUUGGUUCAACAAAGAUGUUACAAAUGUAGAUGAGGCGUGGAAAGGACUGACAAAUGCCUUAGCUGGAUUGCUAUGCGCGUCAUUGAAUUUUGUUGACGCAUCCAAUAGCAUGUCGCCAGAAUUUACUUUUCGUUUCACUGGCGUUACAGAAGGACCGGUAAAUUCUAGCCACUUGCGUUAUUCGUCACUCCCAAGGGAAAUAGUUUGUACUGAAAAUCUAACACCGUUCAAGAAACUGCUGCCUUGUGAUUCCAAGAAAGGUCUAGCGACAUUGUUAAACUCAGCUCACAUUCAUAACACAAAUUAUCACUCAAUUGGAAUACAUUUUCGACCGAUAUGUCGCGACGUAACUUGCACGAGAAUGUCUCUGGAACUGCGACAAACUGUUUCAUUGAUAUACGACACGAUGACGGACACAAAUCAGGAGUGGUCAAUACGGAAGUUCUUCGGGAUGGGACUUAAAGGCGCGUGUCCGCUCGCAACAAUAAGCAACAUAUACAUCGAUGUAUUGGGCAAUAAUACAAAUCAUGUGUUCGAAUUGACGCCACCUCCAAGCACAAAAGUCGUUAGUCUACGCGGCGGACAACAGAAUAAAAUAGCCGUGUACGACAUCAGAACUCACUCCAGCAAAGGGAUCUUUAAUAUCGCCGCCGUAUAUAGUACAAAAACAAGCACCAUAAUUUAUCCCUCAAUCUUGUACGCAAACAGAUAUAUCAUCGGGUACGGUCAGGAAAGAGGCAGUUUAGUGACUAAACUGUAUAACAAUCACUGGCAGAUAUUGGACGUGAUCUUGUUGGAAAAUAUUCCAUGGUACUUACUAGUUUACUUACAUUCCAUUACAGUAACUCAAAACGGACAACGGGUUCGCCCGUUAGCGCAGCGUUAUCUGCCCGGAAAAGAAAGAAAAAAACCAUAUUAUUUGGAACUGAUUUUGCGUCUACCACCGCACUCGGUGACGAAGAUCUCCAUAGAUAUGGAUUACUUGUUUCUCAAGUGGCAGGAAUAUCCGCCGGACGCUAAUCAUGGUUUUUACAUGGGACCGGCUGUGAUUACAGCUUCGUUGCCUAUAGCAAGAAAUUACACCGCUCUGCCACUUGAUGGAAGUACUAUCACUUCAAGUUUCAACGCCUCGAGAGACUACUACCUCGUACAGUUACGAACAGAGUCUUUGCUGAUCAGUCUUCCGACUCCCGACUUUAGCAUGCCUUACAACGUUAUAUGUCUGGCCUGUACGGCCGUCGCGUUAGCGUUCGGGCCUCUUCACAAUAUUUCCACAAAGAGACUGGUAUUGAAACGUAUUGAGAAGGACUGGAAAGGUAAAUUGUUCUCUUUCUUUGUAGAUAAAUUCAGAUCGAAAAAAAAACAGGAAUAAAAAGUAUAAAUAAACACAUACCUCU